AUGUCGACCGUGAACGGUGACCGCCGGUUGGCACGCCCGAGAACCUGCCAAAGCCUCCGAACACCUCUGAUCAACCCGGGUAAGACGACGACAGAAAACGGUGUGCAAGCUGGGCCAGCCUGGCUUGACCAGCCCAAAAUCGAUCCGAAAGGGAAGGAGAAAAAUGAAGAAAAAGAAAAGAAAGCGAACGGCCUGAGUCAAACGAAGUACCGCAAUGAUUCAUCCUCGAGUUCCUGGCCGCGAUUUGCUCGACUAGGCCUAGCUGGGCGUAGCCCGCUAGGCUCCGGCUGCGAAGCCACUGCUCUGGAGCGCUGGGAGCCCAUCACCCCGGGUUAA